CGGCACUUCCGGCGGUGGCAGCGGCGUCCCGGGUCCGCAGUUCCUGAAGCGUGGCCUGUGGGACCAUGCCGUGAGCGCAGAGGGGUGUCCCCAGCACAGACAGCGCAGCCUCGGUUAACCAGCAACCAGCCCCAGCACCCCUCUACUCUGUGGUCCAUGUUUGAAAGGAGGGGCUGCCCUUGUCCCCCUGAGAGAAGGCCAGACGUUCCGGCGGUGUGACCCUCGUCUCCUGUGGAGCGCGCCAGGAGCCGCCAGCGUCGCUAGGAGCCCGAAGCUGAAGCGAGAGGCUGCUGACACCAGAAGGAGGAGCAGAGGAGGAACAGAGGCCUGCGGUGGCCCCGGGGUCAGUGGGACGGGGCGGCAGAGUGGAGACUGAAGCAGGCGGGGGCAGGAGAGGCCGGCAGUCCAUCGGGCCCCGCUGCGAGCGCGUCCCCACCCCUGGGGACGGGCAGAGUCCACAUGGCCUCCAAGCAGGCUGCGGGGAGGAGCCCGGGGGAGAAGCGCAAGAGGGUGGUGCUGACCCUGAAGGAGAAGAUCGACAUCUGCACACGCCUGGAGAAGGGAGAGAGCCGGAAGGUGCUGAUGCAAGAGUACAACGUGGGCAUGUCCACCCUGUACGAUAUCAAGGCUCACAAGGCUCAGCUGCUCCGCUUCUUCGCCAGCUCGGACUGCACCCAGGCGCUGGAGCGGCGGCGCACCCUGCACACGCCCAAGCUGGAGCACCUGGACCGUGGCCUGUACGAGUGGUUCCUGGCAAAGCGCGCCGAGGGCGUGCCCGUGUCGGGCCCCAUGCUCAUCGAGAAGGCCAAGGACCUCUACGAGCAGAUGCGGCUCACAGAGCCCUGCGUGUUCUCCGGCGGGUGGCUCUGGCGUUUCAAGGCCAGACACGGCAUCAAGAAGCUGGAUGCGUCCAGCGAAAAGCAGGUGGCCGACCACCGGGCGGCGGAGCAGUUCUGUGGCUUUUUCCGGAGCCUGGCAGCCGAGCACGGCCUGUCCCCCGAGCAGGUGUACAGCGCCGACGAGACCAGCCUCUUCUGGCGGUGCCUGCCGCACCCCAGCCUGCAGGGCGGGACGGCGCCCGGCGUCAGGCAGAGCAAGGACAGAUUGACCGUCCUGAUGUGCGCCAACGCCACCGGCUCCCACAAGCUCAAACCGCUGGUGAUCGGGAAGUGCGGCGGCCCUGGCGCGCAUCACGGCAUCCAGCACCUGCCGGGCGCGUACAAGGCCCAGGGCCACGCGUGGGUGGACAAGGAGAUCUUUGCCGACUGGUUCCACCACAUCUUCGUUCCCUCCGUGCGGGAGCACUUCCGCGCCGUGGGCCUGCCCGAGGACGGCAAGGCUGUCCUUCUGCUGGAUGGCGCCCGGGCGCGCCCGCGGGAGUCGCAGCUGCUUUCCGAGAACGUGCUCACCGUCUUCCUGCCCGCGGGCGCCACCGCCUCCGUCCAGCCCAUGGACCAGGGCAUUCGGAGAGAUUUCCUGAGGAACUUCAUCAACCCUCCCGCCCCGCUGCAGAGCGCUCACCCCCGUUACAGCAUGAACGACGCCAUCGUCAGCGUGGCCUGUGCCUGGAGCGCGGUGCCCCGCCACGUCUUCAGCCGGGCCUGGAGGAAGCUGUGGCCUGCGGUCACGUUCGCCGAGGGCUCGUCCUCUGAGGAGGAGCCGGAACGUCUGCGAACGAAGCCUCACGACCAGACUUUUGCACACAUCCUGGAGCUCGGUAGAGAGGCCCCAGCCCGGCCCGGCCACCGGCUUCACCGGGGCGCAGCCGCCGAGCAGGAUGGGCUGGAUCGCGAGGCCGGAGAGGGCCUGGCCCCGUCUGCGGGCGGCCCGGAGCAGGUGGAGAAGGAAGGCGACGAGGAGGCCUGGGAGCAGGCGGCCUUGUCCUUUGACGCUGUCGUCCGCUUCGCUGAGGGACAGCCCUGCUUCACGGCACAGGAGCUGGGACAGCUGCGUGCGCUGCGCUCGGUGUUUGCGACACAGCGGCAGGUGAAGCGGCGGCGUCUGGCCCUCAGGGCCGUGGUCAAACUCGAGGCCCCCCAGGAGCUCUCCCCUCUGCCCUGCUCGUCCGCGGCGGCUGAGGACUGACGGCCAGGGGUACCGCAAAGCCGGCCAGAGCUCGCCCAGGAGUGCCCGGUGUGGGAUCUCGGCAACUUGGGGCAGCCCGUCCUGCGUGCCCUGGCGCGUUGCAGGCUGGCCGUGUUUCCUCUCCUGGCGCGUGAACGUGAGAAGCCCUCCUGCAAGGGUCCUCCAAACCGAGAGCCUGCCGGAACGUCCGGUGACCACAACCCAG